AUGCUCGCGCCGAUCCUUGCAUUUGCGACUCUGUUGUUUUGUGUGGUGGAAGCGAAGACUCAAGAUGGAUCAACCCCAAAAUACGACUUUGUUAUUGUUGGCGGGGGUACCAGUGGGUUAGUUGUUGCUAACAGACUUUCAGAAAUGGCCGAUGUUACUGUCGCUGUUAUCGAAGCCGGAGACUCGGUUCUCAACAAUCGCAAUGUUACGAACGUUCAAGGUUAUGGUCUCAGUUUUGGGUCAAGUAUCGAUUGGGCUUACCAGACGGAAGAUCAAAAAUAUGCAGGCGGAACGAAGCAGAUCAUGCGUGCUGGAAAAGCCAUCGGAAUGUCAUACACUCGGGCCCAGAAGGUGCAAAUUGACAAUUGGGAGCAGGUGGGAAACAAGGGUUGGAAUUGGAACAGUCUAUUACCUUACUAUAAGAAAUCGGAAGGAUUCGAGGUCCCAACCCCGGACCAGAUUGCUCGCGGUGCCGAUUACUACAUCAGCUAUCAUGGUGAAAAUGGCCCUUUGAAAGUCGGCUGGCCUAAUAUGAUGACCAACAGCAGCAUGCUUCCCAUUCUGGAUGAAACCUUCCAGACGCUGGGCCUCCCGUACAAUCGCGAUGUCAACGGCGGCAACAUGGUUGGGCUCACGGCGCAUCCUGAUACCCUCGACAGAGAAGCGAAUGUUCGCCAUGAUGCUGCAAGAGCUUACUACUGGCCUAUUGAAGGGAGAUCUAACCUGAAGAUCAUCUCAAAUACUCACGCAAACAAGAUUAUCUGGGCUAACUCGUCUAGCUCCGAAGCUAUCGCAAUUGGAGUUGAGGUUACUGGCCCAGACGGAGGUGAGAUCAUAUACGCUUCGAAGGAGGUCAUCUUAUCGGCUGGAUCCCUCAAAUCAUCGGUUAUCCUGGAGCAUUCCGGCAUUGGAAACCCAGAUAUUCUAAACAAAUACGACAUCCCUGUCCAGGUCAACAUUUCCUCUGUUGGGGAGAACUUGCAAGAUCAGACAAAUAAUGGUCUCGCCUACGAAGGAACAGAAUUCUGGCUCGGUGCGCCAACUUUCUCUGCCCUACCAUCAGCAGACCAGCUUUACGGAAAGAACGUCUCUGCAGUCGCCUCCUCCAUCAACUCCAGUCUCGCAGAUUACGCAAAGUCUGUCGCUAGCGCCUCAAACGGUGCUGUCCAGGAAGCCAACCUUAUGUCUGCUUUCCAACUUCAGUACGAUUUGAUUUUCAAAUCACAAGUACCAUUUGCGGAGAUUGUAUACCUUCCUAUCGCACAUUCAUUCACCAGUGAAUAUUGGGCUUUGCUUCCCUUCUCAAGAGGCAGUAUCCACAUCAAGUCUGCAGAUGCUAUGCAGCCGGCCUCGAUCAACCCAAAUUACUUCAUGUUUGAACCAGAUUCUAACUCUCAGGCUGAUGUGGCUCGCUACAUUCGCAACACUUUUGUCACUGCUCCCUUGAGUGACCUUGUCGGAGAUGAGUUUUCGCCAAGCCUGGAUCACGUUCCUAAGAAUGCACCGGAGGACGCAUGGAUUAGUUGGGUUAAAUCGACUUAUCGGUCAAAUUACCAUCCUGUCGGUACCGCAAGCAUGCUUCCUCGGGAUAAAGGAGGCGUUGUCAGCCCUGAGCUCAAAGUCUACGGUACCAAGAAUGUUCGAGUCGUUGAUGCCUCUGUCUUGCCAUUUCAGCUAUGCGGGCAUUUGACAAGCACUCUUUACGCUGUAGCCGAGAGGGCAUCGGAUUUGAUCAAGAAGAAGUAUAUACCCAGGGAGAAUACUGUGAAGGUGAAUGCU